GGAACCGUUUAUUCAAUUUCGGCAAUAUCUGCCAGUGUAUUACUGGCGUCAGUUGGACAUCGUACGUUGCCAUCAAUUCCACCCACAAGAACAAGUUCCCGCGUUAACAGAAACUUUGCUUGAAAUAAGUCCAACUGGAAAUGCAACAAAAUGACGACGAAUGGACACGUGGAAAGGCCUCAGAUGCAGCCGCAGCACGUGGAUCGUCUCCAGCAGCAACCGGCCGUGAUAUCCCGUAAAGCUUUAUCCAUUGUCAAGUACUCGGUCCUCGUUUUGACAGGCAUGUGCUUGAUCCUGGAGGUCAUACAAAUUGUGUUGGGUGCAGGCGCUGGCAACAUUUUCGCGGAUUUUCACAUUUUCCUAGACGACAACUUCCAUUCGUUAACAGAUUUCAUUUUAGCUGUCGGAAUCAUUAUGCUGCUGAUUGUUUUGUUUGGUUCGGUUGGAAUUGUGAUAGAAAAUAUGACCAUUAUCAUGAUCUAUAUUGUACUAUUUUCGAUCGUGGUGGUUCUGGAGAUUAUAGUCGCCAUAUCUGCGUACGUCAUGACCCAUCAUGUUGAUGACAUGCUGACAAUAAGAAUGAACAAUGCUUUUGCGCAGUAUCGAUACGAUCCAGACGUACGCCAUUCGAUUAACGACAUGCAACGAACGUUGCAAUGCUGCGGUUUCCACCGCUACACCGAUUGGUUCGAGUUCAACGAAGAUCGAAUCCCUUCGUCCUGUUUCGCUUCGCUGGAAGAAGGCAGCACUCCAUUCCAGCAGGGAUGCUUCAACCGAAUGAGCCAGGUCAUCAGCUACGUGGUCAACCUGAUGGCUUCGGGAACGACGAUCAUCAUCAUUUUCCAGGUCAUUUGCAUCGUAAGUGCUGUGGUGUUUUUGAUCAAACUGAAAGGCUUCAGAAGGCACCAACAGCAGAUGCUUCAGAAUUCGUCUGAUGCUGGAGGGUACCCUCCGUAUACGUUGGAUCCGGUCGCCCAAGAGAAGAUACGAUUUUGAGUCGACGGAAACCGGGAAUAUUUUUCUGUAAUACUCGCUAGUCAUGUACGAAUACAACACUGCAUAUCAUAUAAAAGUCAGAUAACUGAAAA